AGAACCUUCACACCGGAGCCAGAGCUGCCGCGCCAGUCGCGGAGUAGGUCCUCGCCCCGCUAAUUCCUGCCAGGGUCCCGAAGCCUCGUCCGACCGGCCGGCCGGCGAGCAGCCCCCCCGCUGCCCUCGUUCUCCUCAGCUCUUCCCCUCCUUCUCGCUCAGUUUGCCGGGAGCGUGAGAGGAGAAGGCCCGGGGACGCCCCUAACCCCUUCUGCUCCUGCCCAGCGCAAGUGCCCCCGUCGCAAUGGGUCUGACCAUCUCUUCUCUCUUCUCCCGCCUCUUCGGCAAGAAGCAGAUGCGCAUUUUGAUGGUUGGAUUGGAUGCUGCUGGCAAGACGACCAUUCUGUAUAAACUGAAGUUAGGAGAGAUAGUCACCACCAUUCCUACUAUUGGUUUUAAUGUGGAAACAGUAGAAUACAAGAACAUUUGUUUCACGGUAUGGGAUGUUGGUGGUCAAGAUAAAAUUAGGCCUCUCUGGAGGCAUUACUUCCAAAAUACCCAGGGUCUUAUUUUUGUGGUAGAUAGCAAUGACCGUGAAAGAAUUCAAGAAGGAGCAGAAGAACUGCAGAAAAUGCUUCAAGAAGAUGAGUUGCGAGAUGCAGUACUGCUGCUUUUUGCAAACAAACAGGAUUUGCCAAAUGCAAUGGCCAUCAGUGAAAUGACAGAUAAGUUGGGCCUCCAGUCUCUUCGUAACAGAACAUGGUAUGUUCAAGCCACUUGUGCUACACAAGGAACUGGUCUGUAUGAGGGACUUGACUGGCUGUCAAAUGAGCUAUCGAAACGUUAAAUGAAACUGGAUAUCUAACCAAGGACAUAAUUUGAUUGAAUUGGUCUAGGCUUGUUACAACAAAAUUAGUUUGCAUCUUGGUUAUUAAACAGUAUAUGGAACUGGUUUUGGGCAGAAUAUUACAGCGUUUGAACUUAUUUUGUUGCCAAUUAUUGUUAACCAAGUGGAAUGUUGCUAUUUAGCAAUAUGCUUGGUUUCAAAGAAAUUGUUCUUACCUUGGGGGAAAAAGGUGUCCUCUUUUAAUUUCACUUCCCUUAAGCCUAAAUGCCUGGCCAUAGCUAUGUGACACCUUUAAGUAAAUCCGUUUUGAAUGUCUUUCUAACAAAAUUGUUAUAAUUUCAUAAAACAAGUAACUUCUGUGAGAAACAUAAAUUAGGUUUUAGCACUAUAUUAUGCAUGUUCCACCUUGUUCCAAAAGAUAUUUAAUGUUAUUUUUCCAUUUCCAAAUUUAAUUUAUUUUGUUGUCGAGAAUAUACACAGCAAAACAUAUCAAUUUAACACUUUUGGUUUUGAAUGUCUUGAGCCCACAACAAUGUUUUGAAGUUACCCCCUUACUACUUCACUCUGAUACCUUUAUCAUUCCUGGGACAGUCUGCUGAUUAAAAGAUUAGCAUUCCAUUUAUAUUUAUUUCCCUUGCCCAAAAGAUUUUCUAACACUGCUUGUGGCAGCCAGGGAAAUGCUCCAAAACACUAUCAAAUCCCUUGAAGCAUUGCGGACACCCAUACCCACUCCUGCCCCCCUGAGUGACGCCUGGCUUCCACCAGCCAAACGUCCCUGGUAUGGUUUGGAGCCAUAGCUAAUUCUGCGUUGGUUGCAAAGGAUUUCUAUUGAGAUGGUUUUUAAUACUCAGCAGAUUGUCUUCCUCUGAUUGUAUCUUUUUUAUGUUGCAUGUUGCUUUUGGUAUCAGCCUCUUUGCCCAGUAUCAUAAUACUGCUGAUGUUUUAUUGAUUAUUAGUGAACAUAUCUUCAUUAUGAGAUUUUGAAAAGCUCAUCCAACUUAAUGAAUAAGUUUAUUCAUAACCCAUUUGGAAUUAUUCCUAAUAAAAUGAUAAAUUAUGUGA